ACUGCCAGAAAAGGGUCAGACUGCGCAGGGGCUGAUCUCAGGCAAACAAUCCAGAGCCGGGGAAGUUCCAGCAGCACAGACACUGGCAACGGACUGAAGGCCCCAGAGCUGCCUACAGCCAUGUCGACCCUAAACCUUGUCAUUCUGGGUCUGCUUACUACAGUGCCACCUGCCAGCUGUCAACAAGGUCUGGGGAACCUUCAGCCCUGGAUGCAGGGCCUCAUUGCAGUGGCCGUGUUCCUGGUCCUGGUUGCAAUAGCCUUCACCAUUAACCACUUCUGGUGCCAAGAAGAGCCGGAGCUUGGUAACACAGUCAAGAACGUUGGAGACAAGGCAGAUGGAGUCCUAGUGGGAAUGGAUGGGAAGUACUCUUCAAUGGCAUCUAACUUCAGGUCCACUGAACAUGAGAAUGCCUAUGAGAAUGUCCUGGAGGAGGAGGGCAAGGUCCGCAGCACACCCAUGUGACAAGCCCAACCCUAAGACCCACUGCCAUCACCCAGCCCUUUUCUGCAGGAAUCUGAAAUAACAGAUAACAGAUUCCCCUAACCUUCCCUGAAUUACAGUGGCCGGUGGAGGCUGAGACUCAGACCAUUCCCAGGCUGGGGGUCUCCCACCCUGCCUCCCAUCCUCCUGGCAACUGUGGAUGUGGCCCUUAUUUCUGUGAAAUAAAGACUUUUUGUCUUCUAGG